AGAAAGCCUGGUAAGGAAUGCAAAGUGAGGGAUGCAUAUUACUUCUGGAAUGAUUACACAGAUGACCAAGACAAGAAUUUCUUCAAGAUUUUGGUUGGUGAUUUUCGUAAAAGAUUGGUGAGCAAUUUUCUCGUGCACUAUAUAUGUUCUUGAGUAACUAUAUAUGUAUUAUCAGGUUCGGCUUGUGGAUGUGAAAUCACUACCUACUAGAAGUGGAGUAACUUGUAUUAGUAAUUCAGUAUUCAUUCAUACUGUAGUUGUGUUUCCAAUGUAUGCUACCAUGUUCUCCCUAAGACUAUUUAUCAAACUUUUAUUUUGGUAGCCAUGAAAUCCAAUAACACCACUUACAAUUUACAAGAAAAAUAGCACUGUCAUUUGAUCCUUCGGCAUCAUGAAAUUGAUUUGAUUAAUUUAGAUUUGAGAAACUUUUUUGCAUUUUUAAUUACCAGAUGUUGUGCAUCUGGAACAAGUUUUGUAUUCAGUUAGAUGAUGGCCUGCGUCACUUAUUAGAAGAUAAUGGACUGUGAUCACAUUAACACUUCUCAAAAGAUGCUGAACUCUGAUCACAUUAACAAAAUUCUCAAUUUUGUAAUGACUUUUAUACUGCUUUCUCACCUCAUACGAGCUCUGUUCUGCACUUCUGCAUUAAUAUUUUUGCUGCAGGUCUUGCCAGAUAAACUUGCGCUACACUUCAGAGGCAAAAUUUCAAGAAGUAUUAAGCUUGAAUCACGGAGCGGUCAUACUUUUGAUGUCCAAGUUGCAAAUUCCAAUUUGGGUAGACUAGCGCUUCAAUCUGGAUGGGAGUUGUUUGUUAGUGCCCAUGACUUGAAAAUGUUGGACUUUCUGGUAUUCAAGUACGAUGGGAUCUCUCGAAUGAAGGUUCUGAUCUUUGAUGCUAGUGGUUGCGAGAAAGUACCACCGUGUUUUGUCACAAAAAAUGAUAUUAAUGGUACACAAAGCAAAGAAGAAUCCAUUGACGUUUCAAGCAACUAUGCUAAUAUUCCCAUGAAAACACCAGAAACUAAAAAGAAAGCAGGGAAGCAAAGGGACGGGAGUAAGAUUGUCAAUACCGGUUCAUCAAGCUCCUCAUCUGAGUCAUCAGGAGGUUCGACAUCUUCACAAGAACAUGAAGCACAUUCUGUUCCUAGUUACAUCGUCCCACAACGCACCAACCUUACUAAUGUGCAAAAGAAGAAACUGAAAGAAAAAGUCGGAGCUAUAUGUUCUGAAAUCCCUAUCUACGUGUGUGUCAUGAAGAAGAACAAUAUUUCUGGAAGAUAUCAAGAUAUGCCCUUCUCUGGAAAAUAUUCUGAUGAAUAUCUUCCAUUCAAGGAGAGAAAGUUGAUGCUUCGUCAUCAAGGCGAGAGUUGGCAAGUGAUGUGCCGCGUUCAGGUUCGAAGAGGCCCCCGCAAAUUCCAAAAGCUUUGCAAAGGGUGGGCACGGUUUGCCUGCGACAACAAUUUGCAGCUGGGAGAUCUCUGCCUCUUCGAGCUACUGAAGACCAAGAAGUACACGAUGAACGUGCAUAUCAUUCGUGAAAAAUGAGAUUCGACAAAUGUAUUCUGUUGUUUCUGACUUUUGCAGUGGUGGUAGGUUUGAUAAGAGUCGCUUACUCAGAUGAUCUCGAUAGUCCUUUCAGCCAUCAGAGCUAACUUUUGUAAUGGUGAUAGUAGUGCUUUUAUGCUUGGAAAGAGUCCAGCUUACUCUGCUGAUACACUAUCUAGGAUCAUUUUCUAUUUUUUUCUUUUUUUUUCCUAUUUGCAACGGAACAAUCCAUGCUCUAUCCAUCCCCUGAUGGCUGAUUGGCUGAUCGAUUCUCUUUGUAGUGCUAAAGUUCAGACUGCUUCGUGUUAGUGUGUUUUGUUUGUCAUAGUGGAAUUUAUUAGUUA